UGGCCACAGCGACCGUUAGAGUCCAUUGAAUCUGCAUUCGCACUCAGAGAAUAUCUGCAGGCCCUUAUCCGUCAUGAUCCCCACAACGUCGACCAACUGAUUGCUCUGCCGGCUGGACAGGACGAGCAUUCAUGGCUCUAUGAACAUCUUUGUCAGAUCUGUUUGGAGUUGAACUAUCUCAUCGUACAUCUGGAACCAGAGUGCACCCCAGAAGUGUGCCCCGAGAUGAGGGCAGAGGAAUGGAAGUACUACUGCGCAACACAUCCUACGCCACGCGAGUGCUGUGCAAUCGAUUACCUCACACACACGCUGGAUGGUGCAUCUGCCUUGUUGAACAAUAUCAAAUUCUUUCCGAGCCGCAUUUGCGUACCAGAGGGCUCGGUCAAAAACUUCCAGUCGAUAGCGCGACGACUCUACCGCAUAUUUGCUCACGCAUAUUUCCAUCAUCGAGACAUUUUUGAUGCCUUUGAGGUUAGUCAACGUGGCGAUGUUACUGAUGUACUGUUGCCUUUUGCUUGUUCAAAUAACAUUAAUCGAGCCUAUUUUUUUUUUUUUUUUUUUUUUUUUUCAUCCAUCAAUAGGCCGAGACCUCUCUUUACGAGCGAUUCCUGA